UUUUGGGUUUAGCUCUCAGGAGUUUCUGGAGGAGUCGUUUGAAUGUUCGGUGUGGCGCGAUUAUUUCAAAUGUUGGGGGAUAUCGGCCAAUAGCAGAGAUUAAGAUGAGAGUCUGCGGUUUUACAGAGGGUGCCAAUCUAAGGAUUUUACAUUGGUCUGCUUAACUUAACCAUGAAGCCCCUAUAAAACUUUGGAGAGACCAACAGGGAAAUGUAUCAGAGCAAAGCUGGUGCAGCAUUCAGCUACGGGCCUUACACCGAGAUGUCAGCACGACUGGACCUGAACGUACACAAGACACUUACGGAUUUAGCCACAUCCAGCCCUAAUCUUGAUACUGUCACGUCCAGUCCAAAUCUGCAGUGGCUGCUGGAGUCCUCUGUAGUUUCUGAAGCCGAGGCCGUCUGGGAGACGUUAGCCUCAUUUUUGCCCUCCACACUGCCAAACUGCCCCUGUGUCUCCCAGUGCUCUAGUCCAAACCUGCUCCAUUCUGGGACAGCGAGGACACCUGAAUCUACUUCUCUCUAGAGAUCUAUUUUUGUUUUACCCUCUGAAUCACUUCUAGAAAGCCGUAGAGGAGUGUGAGAGGAGGCGAGCCCGCAGGGAAAGGAACAGAAUAGCCGCAGCUAGAUGUCGGGAUCGUCGCCGCAUGCUUACGGACACAUUACAAAACGAGACUGAGCGCUUGGAGCGUGUGAAAUCUCAGCUGGAAGAGGAGAUUGCUGGGCUUGAGAGGGAGAGAGAGAGGCUGGAGUUAGUCCUGGAGGCCCAUAGGCCCGCCUGCAAGAUGAAUGGCUCCAAUCGUUAAUAACCGUCAACUCUGAACAAGUUCAGAACUGAGUCUGCAGAGAAUGUCGAUGGAACUAGACGUAUUUGUGGGGAACACCACCAUCAUUGAUGAAGAGGUGUACCAGCUGUGGUUGGAUGGGCAUUCAGUGAGCGAUGCGGUGAGGAUGCGGCUGGAGAGCGAUGCUCUGAGCGAGUGUGAGGCCAGUGGAGAAGUGCUGCACAGUGACACCAUGGACCAAUACAGAACCUUCCAGAUGUGCGAGCGACUCCUUCACUGCCCUUCUAAGCUGGCCAAUCAGCUGCUUUUCCAGAUUCCUGCCCAUCGCCAGGCCAUGCUCAUUGAGAGAUACUAUGAGUUUGACCAUACAUUUGCCAGAGAGGUUCUGGGAAAGAAACUCUCUAAAGGGACCAAGAAGGACUUAGAUGACAUCAGCUUGAAGACUGGGGUUGCUCUGAAGAGCUGCCGUCGACAGUUUGAUAAUUUCAAGCGAGUAUUUAAAGUGGUAGAGGAGCUGAAGGGCCCCCUGGUGGAGAAUGUGCAGCAUCACUUCCUUCUGUCUGAUUCACUGGCCAGGGACUACGCUGCUGUUGUAUUUUUUGCGAACAGUCGCUUUGAGACAGGGAAGAGGAAACUGCAGUAUCUGUCUUUUCAGGAUUUUGCUUUCUGUGCUGGCCAGCUCAUCAGCUAUUGGACUGUAGGGGCCGUUGAUAACAUGAUGGAAGACAUGGACGUAGAUCUGGAGAAAGAGUUUCUGCAUGAUUUGAAAGACCUGAAGGUUCUGGUUAAUGAUAAGGACAUGCUGGACCAACAUAAAAGCCUAGUGUGUUACCAGCUGAAGGGAAAAAUCAAAGCCUUCAGUGAGAUGGAGGCCAACUUUAAGAAUCUCUCUAGAGCCUUGAUUAACAUCGCCUCCAAACUCACAAAUACCAAAGAUGUGCGGGAUCUGUUUAUCGAUCUUGUGGAGAAGUUCAUUGAACCAUGCCGAUCUGAUAAAUGGACGGUUGGAGACCUCACACUUUUCCUCACCCACUACACUAGCACUGCACACACACUUGAGAUGUUCAGGUUUCAAAUUCUAUGGGAAAGAUACAUGGGCGUCAUUAAAAGUUGCAUCUUAAAAAUGUAUCAUGAUUAAAACAGUGUUCAUGUCAAACCUCUUCUAUCUCCUCACCUCAUAGCUGGUCUCUGUGGUGUGAUAUUUACAUUAUCUAUGUUCUUUUUAGCACCUUCUAUAAAAAUGUGAACUCAGUUUGUUAUUGUUAAAUAGUUUGUACUGGAGACUAUACUGAGUAAAAAUAUUUUACAUAGAAA